AUUGAUAGUGUCUCGCACAUGUAUCUCUUUUCACCAGCGUUUGUUCCUACUCCUCGAGACUUACUCGUUGCUCUCUUCUAUCAGAACUCAUACCAGAUACGCCACCAACCCCUGUGACAGACUCUGCGACAGUCUUCUCUCCAGAGUGCCCAUUGUCCCAACAUCCUCGUCUCCUCCGAAUCGUGACUUCGUCCAACUCAGAUUGAAGUUGAGGCAGCUUCAAACAUACAGAAUCUCUUUACUGCGACAAUGCCAGAAACCAAGACUUCUAACAGCCUCCUGCGCAAUAACGUCAAUUUCCCAACAUUCAGCGACCUUCCGCAUGAGUAUUAUGUUGACCCCACCUACUACGUCAAGGGCCCAUACAGAAUUGUACCCAGACAACACUGGUGCUUCCUUGGCGAGAUCGUCGGCUCCUACGGUCUCUUCCGAGUCCUAUUACGCGUAAAGGAUAAAGGUGGUCAAGUCGUCACCAUCGGCCUAUACACUGACGACCGCGGACACGCGCUCACUCCGCAAAUCAAGCAAGGCCACACAGUUGCUGUACUGUAUGGCGAACAGCAUGGCUUCUUAGACAUGACCGUCGGCAUACGCGUCGAAGAACCCUCCAUUAUCAAAAUCAUACCAUGCUCGCUCGAGCAGCUGCUGAAGGCCAGCGAUGAUGUGGCUGCGCGCAACUCGAACACCCAAGCAAGAUGCUGUGGGUCUUGUGGUAAAGAGGGGAAUACUUCUCAUAAUACGCACUUGCUCUUGUGCUCCCGCUGCAAACAAAUGUCAUACUGUGGGGAGGCUUGCCAGAAGCAAGCCUGGGUGAACGGUCACAAGGCUGACUGCAAGGCACUUGUUUGGGUACAGUGGUUCGCGGCAAGAAACUGGGGAGUGUUCAAUGGACAUUUUAAUUUCUGAUGCUUCCGCGCUGAUCAAUUGUGGCUUUGCAAAUGAUGCUAUUCUCCUGCUAGUCGCAUUGUAUUGUUCUACUGUCAA